CGUCACGCGAGAGUGACGUCAGACCACGAAACAAGCAUGGCGGUCCUGCUUGAAACCACACUUGGAGAUAUUGUUGUUGAUUUAUACAGUGAAGAAAGACCGAAAACGUGUCUGAAUUUCUUGAAGUUAUGCAAGAUCAAAUUCUACAACUACUGUCUAUUCCAUAAUGUGCAGAGAGACUUCAUCGCUCAAACUGGAGACCCAACGGGUACGGGUCGUGGAGGAGAGUCAAUUUUCUGUAAACUCUAUGGGGACCAGGCCCGCUUCUUCGAUUCAGAGAAAGUCCCCAGGAUCAAACACAAGAAAAAGGGCAUGGUGUCCAUGGUGAACAACGGCAAUGAUCAACAUGGCUCUCAGUUUCUCAUUACAACAGGGGUGAGCGUGGAUUAUCUGGAUGGGGUUCACACCGUUUUCGGGGAGGUGACAGAAGGAAUGGAAGUCCUAAAGAAGAUCAACGAGGCCUUUGUCGACAAAGACUUUGUGCCUUAUCAGGACAUCAGGAUUAACCACACUGUAAUCCUAGAAGAUCCUUUUGAUGACCCCCCCAACCUGCCGGUUCCGGAUCGUUCUCCCGAGCCCACUAAAGAGCAGUUAGAUAGUGGUCGUAUUGGAGCAGAUGAGUCGAUAGAUGACUAUGAGGGCAAGACCACUGAUGAGAUGGACGAAAUUCUGAAGGAGAAAGAGGCCAAGACUCAGGCCAUACUGCUGGAGAUGGUGGGUGAUUUGCCAGAUGCAGAUAUGAGACCUCCAGAGAAUGUGUUGUUCGUCUGCAAACUGAACCCUGUCACCACUGAUGAAGAUCUGGAGAUCAUCUUCUCUCGCUUUGGAGCCAUAGCAAGCUGUGAGAUUAUCAGAGACUGGAAGACAGGAGAGUCUCUGUGCUAUGCUUUCAUAGAAUUUGAAAAGGAGGAGGAUUGUGAAAAGGCGUACUUCAAAAUGGAUAACGUGCUGAUUGAUGACCGACGGAUACAUGUUGACUUCAGCCAGUCAGUGGCCAAGAUCAAGUGGAAAGGAAAAGGUGGAAAGUACACCAAGGAUGAUUUCAAAGCCUAUGAACAGGACAACAAGACCAAGCUGGCCAUCAAAGACAAAGUGAAGCCGAAGCAAGACUCUCGGUAUGACCUGGUGCUUGAGGAAGAGGAGGAUGAGGAAGGGGGAAGCCAUCAGGUAUUGAUGAAGCAGAAAGAUAAGAGGCAUCACCAACACCAUCACUCUGAUGAUGAAGAUUUCAGAAAGAUGCCUAAGAAACCUAAGGAAAGUGACGAGAGUCGAAGGAACAAGAAAUCAGGUCGUCAGCAUUCCCGCUCAAGGUCCCGCUCCAGGGACCGGGACAGGGACAGCCACCAUAAACACCGCGACAAGCACUCGGACCGGCAUCGGGACAAGCACCGCCACGAGAGCAGCGACAAGAGCUCCAGCCGCCGCCACAGCCGCAGCCCCAGGAGGCCGAAGGACAAGGAGCGCAGGUGAGGGGGGUGGCUAGUUGCCCCUCUAUCCCUCUGGAAGCCCCGUACAUCUGCCCCCUACAUCUGCCCCGUACAUGGAGUGCCGUGCAUCGGUCACCGGUCAGCUUUCUGCUCCUCCUCAGGCCUGUAUCUCUGCUUGGCUUUCUCUCUCACUCCAUUUCUGUGUCUGACUUUAUGAAAGACUGUCAGCUGGAGUCGCAUCGCAUCCCUCAGCAGUGUCACUUCGGCUUUGACAGGUGCAUACGGAUGAUUGAAUAACUUUACACACAGGCAGAGAAAUGCAGUGUUUUGCUGGCGGAUGAGAUUUUUAGCUCUUUAGAUCAGUCGUUUAUCAUUUGUCGUUUGUUAUUGUGGGAAGGUGGUAUUAGUGUAAAAGGAAUCAUGAUCUGUUUUUUUGAGGGUGUGUUCUUGUGUUCGGAGAAGAGUAGUGUUAACUAGUAAUAUGAAAUGAAAACAAAAAAAACAGUGACACUGUUUUCCCUGUGUUUAUAUAUGAGGCCAAUUAACAUUAAAACACUCAAUGAUUUA